AUGAUUUUAUAUGAGGCAUACAAUAACUGCCAGUUAUGGUACCGUGGGCAUGUCCCCAACACGGUGUUUUCCUUUGGCGACACCUACGGGAACACCACUCUGAAAUACUUCCAGGAUUUCCGCAAUGCUGCCAUGGAGACCAGCCGCUGCCCCUACAGCAAAGGCGGCCAGUUCCCCACCCUCUUCUCGCCCGACCCUGGCUUAGUGCUGGGGUGCAGGGCGCGGGGCUGGGACAGGUGGCUGCACGCCCCUUCCUAUUCCCGCUUCAACUUGGAUUUCAACCGCUCCGAAGAGCUGAAGGAGUUUUACAAGCUCUCCCAGAGGCACCGCGAGCAUUACCGCGACAAGACCGGGACAGAGCAUGUGGUUCCCUACUUUGUGCUGCCGGUCAAGGAGAAGGACAAGUACCCCCACCCUCUUGAUCUCCCGCCUCUGAGCGCGAAGACCCAGUGGCAUUUAUUCCGCGUGUCUCCAGAGAAUCUGCGGACGUACCAAACCUUCCCCUCAGGGAAGAGGGUGACCGCCCAGGAGAGAGAAGUCAGAGACAGCUAUUUUGAGUACAGAGCGUGAGGAGAGAGGUUCCCCUUCCACCUCCGGUUCCUAGAUGAGGAAGGAGCGGUGAGAAAUAAAACACUGGGAGUUAGCGACCCCCUGGAUUCUCUCUCCAGGCUGCGGCUGUUUCUAAACAGGACAGCUCUUCCGUUACCCACCUGCAGUGCAAGGAGCAGCUAGGCAUGUGGCUGCAAUAAGUCACAGACCACGUGCCUGCCACGGUAGAUGUACAUUUUACACAGAGAUAAAGGACAGGUGGGGUGUGCACUGAACGCAACAGAUUCAGCAGCUGUCGGUGAGAAUGUAGAGGCUCAGCUCUGGCCAGUACAGCCUUUUAUUGUCCUCCAGAGAGGUCGGGGUCAAAGCAGAAGCUCCGUCCACAACUCAAACUGUACCAACAAUCGCGGCUCAGCUCUUUCAUAAUGCCAAGAAGCACCGCUCACAGCAGGCGGGCAGGCCUCCAUAAUAGGUUUUCCUCUCCCCUUCCUCACAUAGUUUGUUGGCAGAGAAAUAGUUAAUAAUGUUGACAAUUAAAUGGUCACCAUUAGGUUUCAGAGUUAACACCCAUCGGCGUCAAUAGAACCAUUGACGCUUCUCUCAGAGUUGUUGUUUCAGGCUCUCUGAGGACUCAGGGUCACAACUGGAUGCUUUUCUACUCCAGUAUAAAGGCCAGAAACUUGUUUUUAAACGAGAGCUUAGAUUCUGGGAGCAAAGAGGGCAGGCAGCAGGGAAACGGACUCCUUUGCCAACCCCCUGGGAGAACUAUUUAUACAGAGAAUAUAAGAGCAGCUUUCUGUUCGGUGUUCUUCCAUCUUUUGUAAAAAAGUAGUCCCUCAUAACCCUAAGAACCAGAGUGCAGCCUGUCGCUGCGCUGAUCCUGAGACUCAGACCAGUCCAGGAACCAGCAUAGUCUGACGAGCCCCCAUGCUGAUUGCCCGUCAGCUCAAUGUCAGAUUCAUAGGGUGAAAUUCACCAGCCCCAGGGAGUCCCACCUGAGCACAUAGGGCUUGUCUGGGCCGUCUGCACGGGGCCAAUUUCACCCUGGGUGAACAGUGAGAGUAAAGCAGCAGAAGUGCUGAAAGAAGUUGCCCCAGAGACAGGGGGCUGUGAGUCAGGGGGUCCCAUUGAUAUAGGCCUUAUCGCUCCUCUUUGGCACUAUGGCUCGUGAAUCAUGCUGCUGGCUUUCCCAGGCAGUUCAUAGAUUCAGAGUUCAUAGGGCCAGGAGAUCAUCCAGUCUGGCUUCCUGUGUGGCACAAGCCAGAGAAUUUCACCCAGUUCCCCCCAUCCUGAGCCCAGCCACUUGUGUGUGGCCAAGGAAUGCCUUCCGCCAGGCCACCAGUGAGGAUCUGAAGACAUGGAGAGAUGGACAAGCUGCCGCUUCCCUUGGGAGUUUGUUCGAAUGGUUAAUCGCCCUCCCUGUGGUCUUAUUGCUAAUUUGAAUGUGUCUGUGUAAGGCGGGCCUCUUCCUGCCAGAGUGCCCCCGGCCAGCAGGGUGCUGUUUUGCAGGGGAUUUUGCCCCGGCCAACCUCUGGUGGCCACUUCCUUGGCCUAGCCCUGGGCCUUCCUCUUAAGUUCAGCCCCUUCCACAGUAACGAAAGGUCCAACUGAAAGUCCGAAUAAUACUGCGUCUGGUUCUCUUGGGCUCGCUGACAUUCCCUGCUUCUCGGCCCCUGUUCCUGGGCCCUGCCGAGCUUCUCCGCUGCUCCUUCCUCCUCGUAGGCUUUCUCCCCACUGCCUCUCCUGCCCCAGGACUCUGGCAGCUUCCCACAGGGAUCUCCCUGCUCCUUGAAAGCCCUGGCUCAGUGCUCUUGUCGGGAGCCUUCCUUGAGCCAGCCUUGCUCCCCCAGGCCCUUCUCAGAAAGGGAACUCCCCAGAACAUAAGACUGGCCAGACUGGGGCAGACCAAUGGUCCAUCUAGCCCAAUAUCCUGUCUUCUGACAGCGGCCAAUGCCAGGUGCCCCAGAGGGAAUGAACAGAACAGGGCAAUUAUCGAGUGAUCCAUCCCGUUGUCCAGUCCCACCAUCGGUCCCCUUGUCAGAGGCGUAGGGACACGCAGAGCAUAGGACUGCAUCCCUGAGCAUCUUGGCAAAUAGCCAUUGCUGGACCGAUCCUCCCUGAACUUAUUUAGUUCUUUUUUGAAGCCAGUUAUACUUUUGGCCUUCAUAACAUCCC